AUGGCUCGUGAAGUGAAGGCACUGUUGAAGCGUGAACAACAGUUGCAGAACAGUUUAACGUUCAUCGACAAGUUUAUCCAGAACUAUGACGAUGAACGGGAUGCGCGUCAAUUAAGUGUGCGAUUGAACGUGCUAGAGCAAGUGGGUGCAGAAUAUUAUACGGUGCGUGAAAAACUGGAGCUUCUGCAGGAAGAAGAAGAGGAGAAGAAGCAGGCUAGUGCUGAACCUGCAGUGAAAGAGGAAGCAUUGCACCACCUCGAAGAGACAAACUACCAGGCAAUGCACGACUUCGACGAUCGUUUUUGUACCCUGAAGGCUGAGCUACUAGAGCUGCAGUUGUGCAAGGACCCGUUGCAUACCAGCCACAACGACUCCGAUUCAUCGGCGCAUCGGACUCUCAUAGACCAAAGCGCGCAGCUGAACGAGAUCGAUAAAUUCACAUACCUGAGGGCGUCACUUUCUGGUGAAGCGCUUCAGGAAAUUAACUCGGUCGAGAUUUCUGCUGCAAACUAUGAUGUGGCUUGGAAGGCGUUGCCAGAACGGUACGAGAAUAAAAAGCUGCUUGUGAAAGCGUACUUAGAUGCUCUCUUUUUCAUCGAGCCACUGAAGAAGGAGAGUUACGACGGGCUUAGUCAACUGAUCGGCCAGUUUGAGAAAAACUUGCAGAUGUUAGAGAAGAUUGGUGAGUCUACAGAGAACUGGAGCACGAUUCUUGCCUAUAUGGUAUGCACGAGGUUGGAUUCCUCGACACUUCGACAAUGGGAGUCUCAUCAUAAUUCCAAGGAUGUCCCAAAUUAUCGAGAUUUGAUGGGAUUUCUGCGUAGUCAGUGCUCCGUUCUGCAAUCCAUUUCCAUCCCAUCCAAGAUGAACAGCGAUCCACGUUCCCAGAAGGUAGCAGUUUGUCACACGCUUGUGAAGACAUCUGGGAAGUGUCCAUUCUGUGGCGAGUCGUGGCAUUCAGCGUUUCAGUGUGCGAAGUUUCAGAAGCAGUCCGUUCCAGAUCGCAUCAGCGCUGUUAUGAGGAGUAAGCUUUGUCGCAACUGUCUGCGUCCAGGACACGUUGCAAGAACCUGCGAGAGAGGAGCCUGUCAUCACUGUCAUCAGCGUUACCACUCGAUGCUGCAUACUGAAACACCGCAGGCAGGAUCCUCCGUUUCACUUCCGCAGUCAAGACCUCAGACAGUACCCCAGCAGCCACGACAGCCACAAACCAAGCAACACAGUCCGAACCAACAAAUACACACUCAUCCGACCAAUGCACAGACGAACACCGCCAACUCGCAUAACACAACCACAUCACCGUCCAACACCAACACAGCCUCCACUAGCCAAACAUGUAUAGCACUUCCCAACGCAUCUACACACAAUAUUGUUCUCUCGACGGCGCUUGUGACCGUUAAGGACCGUCACGGCAAUUCGUUGCUUGCGCGAGCCUUGCUAGAUUCUUGCUCGCAGCAUUGCCUGAUGACGGCUAGUUUUUCAAAUAAGCUUAAGUUCCGUGAAUCGCCAGCAUUUUUGUGCAUUCAGGGCAUUGGUUCGCCGAGUGUAGCGUCAACAAGAUCCAUCAGUGCAGCAGUUGCUGCACGGUCUAGUGAGAUUUCGUCGUAUGCCGAGGAGAUGUGUUUCCAUGUUUUGCCGAAGCUAACAUUGGCGUUACCGACAGCAAGCUUCAAUCCAUCGCAGUUGUGUCUACCAGAAGCAGCAGCUCUUGCCGAUCCCUGGCUUUAUGAAUCCGGUCCGAUUGACAUGAUUAUCGGGGUGGAAUAUUACGUCGACCUGUUUGAAGAGGCCGAGAUUCAAGAUCAAUUAGCCAAGUUUUGGGAGUUAGAAACUUGUCGAACAACAAGCACGAAUUCCACGGAAGAGUCGGCUUGCGAGAAAAUCUUCAGCGAGACUACAUUCAGAGAUGAGACGGGAAGAUUCGUAGUCACACUUCCAAAAAAGCAAUCGAUCGUCAAGCAGCUCGGUGAUUCUAAAGGUACAGCUGUUAAGCGGUUUAUGAGUUUAGAGCGACGUCUGGCAGCGAAUCCCGAGUUGAAAGCGCAAUACAGUGAAUUUAUACACGAGUAUCAAGCUCUUGGUCAUAUGAGCGAAGUCGUCGAAGAUACUUCAGACACCGUUUACCACCUGCCACAUCACGCUGUUUUGAAACCUGACAGCACAACUACGAAGCUGCGCGUAGUGUUUGAUGCUUCAUGUCGAACUAGCUCAGGGUACUCUCUGAACGAUGCUCUGAUGGUCGGUCCUGUCGUACAAGACGAUUUGUUGGAUGUUAUUCUCAGAUUCCGUCUACAUCGUUACGCACUAGUCGCGGACAUUGCAAAAAUGUACCGCAUGGUGCAAGUUCAGCCUGCCGAUCAGCCUCUGCAAAGGAUUCUAUGGCGAGAUUCAUCAGCAGAACCCAUCAAAAUCUUCCAAUUGACUACGGUCACGUAUGGCACGGCUUCCACGCCGUAUUUGGCGACAAAAUGUUUACAGACAUUAGCAGAAGAUGGUCAACAGACACACCCUAUUGCUGCGAAGGUGGUCCGGCAGGAUUUUUAUGUAGACGAUAUGUUGUCCAGAGUAGACGAACCUGAGGAAGGUAGAAUGUUUGUCAACGAGAUGAUCAGCCUAAUGGAAUCAGCGGGAUUCUCGUUACGAAAGUGGAACUCCAACUGCAGGGAGAUUUUGUUAGAGGUACCAGAACAUCUGAGAGAUAAUCGCACUAUUCUUCAGCUUGAUACCCCAACAUCCACCGUUAAAACGCUAGGUUUACUGUGGGAACCCAGUACAGAUCGAUUCCAAUUCAGCACCCCGCAGUGGAACUCAUCGGCGGUCAUCACCAAACGCACCGUUCUGUCGGAUGUCUCUCGACUUUUCGAUCCACUCGGACUGGUAGGGCCCGUUAUCAUACAGGCCAAGAUGUUCAUUCAAGAAUUGUGGAAACUUGACUGUGGUUGGGAUGAACCACUUGCCGAAGUCAUGCAGGAUCGCUGGCAUGAAUAUCGUCGAAACUUGACUGGCCUUGAGGGAUUGUCUGUACCUCGCUGGGUUGAAAUCAGAUCCGAUACCAUCGACAUACAGCUCCAUGGGUUCUGUGAUGCUUCUGAGAAGGCAUAUGGGGCCUGCAUCUACGUGAGAAGUGUCUCCAAUAGCGGGUCAGUUGCUAUACACCUACUAGCAUCGAAGUCCCGUGUCGCCCCUCUUGAGAACCUGAAAAGGAAGAAGCAACGCCAGACGAUUCCGCGCUUGGAGCUUUCUUCAGCUUUACUCCUUUCCCACCUCUACGAAAGAGUGGUCAGUAGCACACACAUCACAGCCCCAGCUUUCUUUUGGACAGAUUCGAUGAUUGUUAAGUGCUGGUUAGCAUCAUCACCGUCGCGAUGGAAAGAAUUCGUUGCGAAUCGAGUUUCAGAAAUCCAGCAUAUAACGAAAGGCAGCAUCUGGAAUCACGUAUCAGGAGUUGAAAACCCAGCCGAUAUAGUUUCUCGCGGUAUGACGCCUGCGCAGCUGCAGUACCAAUCGCUAUGGUUUGGUGGACCUCACUGGCUGCUUCUGGAGCAAGAUAACUGGCCGGGAACCCUGCAAGCUUGCGAAGACAACAUUGACAGAUCAGUACUAGAAGAAAAAGGAGCCGUUGUCGCAGUUCUGAAAUCCGUUUCUCCCAGUGAGCUGUUUAACCUGCGAUCAACUUACAAUGGAUUGGUGCGACUCACAGCAUACAUUUGUCGGUUCCGUUUCAACGCUCAAGCUGCAAAUCGGAAUUGUCGAAACCUUGGAAGUUUAACCGUCAAAAAACUCGACGGCGCUAUACGGACACUUGUCUCUAUGUCUCAGCGAGAAUGUUUCCCACAAGAGCUGGCGGAUUUGACCAACAAUCGUCCACUGCGUGAUUCAUCGAUCCUUUCGCUCGAUCCUCAGUUAAUUGAAGGCAUACUAUGCGUUGGCGGCCGGCUACGGCACGCACAUCUGUCGAACAGUCGAAAGCAUCCGUUAAUUUUGUAUCGUCGUCACCCUCUUGCAAGGGUAGUAAUGGAGUACUAUCAUCAGAAGCUGUUCCAGGCGGGUCAACAGCUACUGAUAUCGGCAGUUCGAGAACGAUUCUGGCCGACAUUCGCCCGUGACUUAGCAAGAAGCGUAAUCCAUAAGUGCGUCGCAUGUUUUCGGGUGAAACCGAGAGUCCAGGAUCAACUGAUGGCGGAUCUACCGCCAGAAAGAGUCACACCAUGUUUACCGUGUCGUCGUGUUGGAGUUGACUACUGUGGAGCGUUUUUAGUAGGCUACCCGUAUCGCAAAAAUCGCCCAGUGAAGUGCUUUGUAGCCAUCUACGUUUGCCUGGUCACCAAAGCAGUGCACCUGGAAUUAGCAGCAGAUUUGACAACCCAGGCCUUCUUGGCCACACUGAAACGUUUUUCAUCCCGGCGAGGCAAGCUCGAAAUUUCGUCGGCGCAAAACGGGAGCUUGAUGAGCUUCGUAAAUUGUUCAACAAUCAGCAGUUUCAAGAAAAGGCGAUAA